AUGGGAGACUCUCUUCGAUCCCUCAUUCUGACCAAAAAACCAAUCUUGAUAUUCGGGGUGAGCGAGUUUCUACUCGCAUUCUUAUCUCUGGGGCCUGCCCCGACUUUUGUACCUUUGGUACUACUUCUCACUACUCUCCGUAUUCACGGAUUCAGAACCGCAUGUCGCAGUACCCGAUUUUUGGAGCUAAUAUGCUCCUUGGGAGCUGUGACGGUCGGUACGUCAUUGGCCCUAAACUCUGCCGCAACGAAUGCCAUGUCGAAGAACUCGACACAAUCAUUUGCUGCGGUUGGAGUUAUGUCCGCCAUGACAUACGUGUGCGUAAUCGUGGCGAUUUAUGCAGAUAUACGCCUUCAUCGCCGGUUCCAAAGCACCUGGGCUCAGCUCACAUUCUUCCCUGUUGUAUGGGCGGCGACGUGGGCUAUUGUAUCCCACUUCUCCCCUGUGGGGAGACUGUUCAAUUGGAGUCCAGUCUCCACCUCCCAUCCCUUUGGGUGGAUGCUCCCCUAUACAGGGCCAAUAGGCAUCGACUGGGCCGUCGCUGCCUGUGCGGUUCUGUCUUCGGAAGUUGCAGCUGCUUGGCUGAUGGGCUCCGAUAACGACCAUAAGCAGCCGAUCCACCCGGAUACUUUGCCCGGUGAAGCUCAAUCCAAUAAACGCUCGCGGAGUCUUCUCGCUUUGGGAAUUAUCCUUGUGACACUCGCCCUUCCUUCGUUAUAUGUCAGUCUACCCACUCGAACUGAUACGUUGUUUGAUGCUUCGCCAUUGGGUGUUGCCUGCGCCCUCCCACCCGUUCGCCACGGUCAUCAUCCGACUCCCGCCGACUAUAUUGCUGAGACCAGGACAUUGGCUUCACGUGCCAAGGUCGUUCUGUGGCCGGAAAGCGCGGUACUGUUUAACAGUCAGGAGGAGAGGGAGGCUGCAUUCGAAGUGAUGCGCAAGGAUAUUCAACAAUCUGUUAUUGGGGUUGCAUUUGAGGAGUUUGUGCCUCAAGACCCGUCGAACCCCGGCGUAUCUCGCAUGAGGCGUAAUGGGCUGGCGCUUGUACAUCGGGAGCAGAAGAAAGGCGAGGAAAUACUGCAAUAUUACAAACGGAACCUCGUUCCAUUCACAGAAUCCUUCUCAGCGAUCCCCUCAACUGAGCCUCCGACGAUGUAUACAUUCGAACUCGGCCCUCCAAAAUGGGCGACAAGAACUGAGUGGUCUUCCACAACGAAUCACACCCGCCCCAUCCCCAUCACAUCCUCUAUAUGUCUCGACUUUGCCUUCUCGUCUGGAUUUAGUUCUCUCGAUUCUAGGCCUGCGUUGAUUCUUGCCCCUGCUCGUACGUGGGACCCUACUGUCGGUCUCGCUAUGUGGGAGCAGGCAAAGUCGCGAGCUGAGGAAAUCGGGAGCAUGGUUCUAUGGUGUGAUGGAGGUGCCACGGGAGUGAGCGGCAUUGGAGGUGGGGGGAUAUCCGAGAUUAUGCAGGUUGGCUCAGGCUCCUGGUCUCGCAUGAUCGGCCUGCAGUUCCCCUUUGACCAAAGGAGGACUGCCUAUGCCGUGAUCGGAGAACUCGGCGUGCUUGUUUUGUUGGUCGCCAUCAUGGGUGGAACUUCAGUUGCCGGGUUUGCGAUCAUGGGUGGAACCACAGUUGCCGGGUAUCUCCCAGCACUCUCCCGCAGCCGCUCAAUCCUGGAGGCAGUACCGCUCUUGCAACGUCUCCUCCGUGGAAAAAGAAGGGACCAAGAGAAUCUGAUUGACGAUACAGUGCCAGGAGAGAGGCAGAGCCUCCUGCACUAA